UAUAUGCAAAUAUAAAUAUAUUAAUUUCCUGUAGAGAUAUGUUUGUUCAUUUGUUCCAAUUUUUUCAAUCUAAAAGUUGUUUGGCGAUUGACAACAAUAGUAUAUUUUGGGUCACCUACGUCCUUUUCAUUGAAACAAAUUUCGCGGGAAGAUUCCGAAUGAAUUCCCAAGGACAUAGUGGGAAUUGUGGGUACAUUGAUGCGUUGGCUGUGGUGAAAACGAAAGAAAUGUUUACUUUUUGUUGAAAUUUCAGUAAAAUCGAAAGAUACAUUGAACAUAAUAAUUCAAAUUGAACAGCACUACAAAAUUGAAAGAUAAAUUCAAAAAUCAUGUCGACAAAACGAAAGCCCAAAGAUGAUGACCCAAAUUCCAACACAGGCAAGAAAAUAAAGAAAGAUAAAGACAUAAAUGAUAUAUUCAUCAAAAGAGAAUGGGAAUAUGGUUACGGCAAAGGCAAGUGGAAACCAUAUGAUCCAACACAGAACAAAAAUAUUUCACAAGCUUUUUCUUCUGGUGAAAAAACCUUGGACAUCAAGAUGCCACGUUCAGAACAAUCGAUUAUCUUUGAAAGAAUGGUCCAGCGUAAUAAAAAGACGGGUUGGGAAGUUGCUGUAAGGUGUAAACCAGAAGAUGUCAAUGUUGAAGAUAAAUAUAUUUGGCAAUGGAAAACAAACUCCUCCAUUUGGAAAACACUUUCUGCAAAUAGCCAUAGGCAUCUUGAUGCGGCAGUUAAGCACGAAAUGAAAAUAACGACACUCAAAGAAGGUGAAGAACUGUUUAUCAUUGAUAUGUUAACCAAAGAAAUUGUGAUUGGCAAGAAGAAGAAAAAAGGUCAAUUAAGACAUGUUGCGGAGGAUGUUGCUGAAAAAGAGGAUAAAACUGACACAACUACUCCUGUUUCUAAGGAAGAAACAAAAAAGAAAAAGUCAAAGUCAAAAGUUACAUCAAACGCGACGACCGUAGAAGACAAUAAAGAAUCUAUAAAAUUUGUCAUGUUUAAAGGACGAACACCUGUCGACGACGCAUGCUCUAUCAAAGACAAGGUGGAGGUGUUUUGCGAAGGCGAUUUGAUCUGGGAUGCCAUGUUGAAUCAGACCAACGUCAAGAAUAACAACAACAAAUAUUAUCUAAUGCAAUUACUCAAAGAUAUAUCAAGUGACAGAUAUCAUGUAUGGUUUAAAUGGGGAAGAGUCGGUUAUUCAGGACAAAACAGCUUGACAAGUUUUGAUGGAAACCUCGAGGAGGCGAAAAAGGCUUUCGAAAAGAAAUUUCACGAAAAGACGAAAAAUAAGUGGGAAGAUAAGGAAUCUUUCGAGAAAUUUCCUGGAAAAUAUGACUUGAUAAUCGUUGACUACAAUGCUGAGGACAAGGAUGAAACAGACGCGCCAAUAUCGUGUGAACAAAAACCAAAAGUUGAAAAGAUUGAAAGCAAGUUGGACACGAGAGUACAGACAUUGAUUGAAUUGAUAUGUAACGUAAAAACUAUGGAAGAAACUGUUAAAGAGAUGAAAUAUGACACUAAUAAAGCACCACUUGGAAAAUUAACGAAAGAACAAAUAAAAGCCGGUUAUUCCUCCCUCAAGUUGAUAGAUGAAUGCAUUUCAAAAUGUGACUUUGGAUCAACGCUCGUCGAAGCCUGCAGUGAAUUUUAUACUAGAAUUCCACAUUGCUUUGGAAUGAGACAACCGCCAAUGAUAAAGACAAAAGAAGAAGUGAAGUUAAAAGUCCAACUUCUAGAAACUUUGGGCGACAUUGAGAUUGCGAUGACGGUUCUUAAAGAAGAGCUUGAUGAAAAUCCAAUCGAUAGUCAUUACAAAGCUCUUAAUUGUCAACUCUUUCCUCUGGAUAAAACCAACACAGACUUUCAGAUGAUAGAGAAGUAUGCACAAAACACGCAUGCAAAGACUCACUGUCAUUAUUCUCUCACUAUUGAAGAUGUCUUUGAGAUUCAUCAUCCUACUCAUUCAAACUUCAUUGACCACGGAAACAGAAAACUUCUCUGGCAUGGUUCGCGUUUGACAAACUGGGUAGGCAUAUUAAAACAGGGUUUACGUAUAGCGCCACCGGAAGCACCGGUCACUGGAUACAUGUUUGGCAAAGGCGUUUACUUCGCUGACAUGUGUUCAAAAAGUGCAAACUAUUGUUUCACGAACCGUAGACAAAAUACGGGAAUUUUGCUCUUGAGCGAGGUUUCUCUUGGGAAGACCAAUGACUUGUUAAGUGCCGACUAUGACGCGGAGAAACUGCCUGAAGGCUUUCAUAGUGUUAAAGGAUGCGGGAACAUUGCCCCUGAUCCAAAAGAAGACCUGGAGUUAGCUACCGGAACAGUCGUUCCUUUGGGUAAAGAGACGGAGACUGGUAUAAAAAAUCCAAAUGGCUACACAUUAAACUAUAACGAGUAUAUUGUUUACAAUACGAACCAGAUUAAGAUGAAGUAUCUUGUCAAGUGUAAAUUCAACUAUAAAUAAAGUAUUCAUUAUCAAAGGUGUUGAACUAAAAUUUAGAAAUCGUUUUUGUCGUUCAUAUAUAAAAAAAUAAAGUGAUGUGUUUUUAUAU